GAAUAAAAAUACAGAUUCAUCAUGAACAUAACAAACAUAUUAAAAGAAUUAAGCACACAUUUCAUUAGUCUUACAGACCGUGGACUCCUAUAUGGACCACAAGGUAAAAUGUUGCUAAGAAACCUUGAACAACAUUGGUUUUUACAUUGCGUCACAAUGUCGCCUUAUAAUAUAUUCUUAUCGGAUGAAAUUAUUAAUACAUAUGAUUUUAUCGCAAAAACUGCAACUAGCAAUAUGCCAUUUGGAUUAGCCAAAGUGAAAAGUUCAAAAGACAAUUGGAAUCGGGAUAUAUCAACUACACUCAUAUUAAACUUGCAUAAAACAGCCGAAGUAGCUAUUUUUAACAACGAUACUGAAACCAAAGAUUUAUUUCACAAGUUACAAAAAAAUCGUAAAACUUGGUGGCGCAGAUUGGCUCAAUGUCCUUCUCGAUUCAACUUAACAGAGGCAAAGAAAGUAAAAAAUAACGAACUAAUAGAUAUCGAAGCACAGUUUCCAUUUGGCAAUGUUAUCGUGGAAAGAAUAACUUACUAUACUGAUGUUCAAAAGUUAUUUUCACAGAUUGAUGAUAAAAAAAACUUUUCCCAUCAACAAAUGAUUGAACAUACGGUAUCUUUAGACUGGGGCUGUUUAGCACUACUUUGCGAUGCUUAUGACUUAAGUAAAAAAACUAGGAUGCAAAUUCAUUCCAAACUAGCACCACAUAAAGUUGCAUUUCGUAUAAAAAGACCAAGUGAUAAGGCGAAUGUUCAAAAUGAUGAUUUAAAUCGCUUUGUACUUUAUUUAAAUAAUAUGCUAAAAACAAAAGGUCUGAAUACUAUAUUAACCACCUCUGAGCAAAUUAUAGACACGUGCUUGGUUCCUUUUAUAGUUUUAGUUGAUACGACUAGUCUUGAAAAUGGCAUUAUAAGUGUAAUGGACAGAUCGACGACUCUCAGUGAAACCGUUCAUGUAACCGAUUUAGUAAAGUAUAUAAGUAUGCGUUGUUAACCAAUUGAUAUGGUUCAAUUUCAUUUGAAUAAAAUUGUUGUAUCAAAUGUCUAAAAUA